UUUUAGAAAUUUCCGAAAUCGUCGAAAUUGAUUACUUAUCGUCAAAAUACUUGUUAUCUAACGCAAGAAAAUAACGAAUAUCGAGUUUAAUUGGUAGCUACAAUUGUAUUUUACCUGUGAGAAAUGCGAUCGGGAUCAUAGAAAUCGAUCUAGUGGUUCAAGAUCCAGAAGUUUGUUGGCGAACGUCCCGCCGCUGUGUGUAGACAGUGCUUUUUCAUGUUUUUGUACAGCAACUAAAAUGGCGACACCCCAACAAAAUUACGGAACUCAUUAUUCGGGAGCUCCCCAAGCAGCACGGCCACCUAAUCCAGGUGGAUUUAAUACAACUGGUGGUCCUCAGGGACAGGGUGAUAUGUACCAAGGCAUGAACAAAGAACCACCAAUGCCAGGGAUACAACCACCCCGUCAGUUUCAGCAACCAAAUCCUGGGAUGCCAGGCCAUGGGAUGAACACGUUUCCACCAAGACCAGGCAUAAAUAACCCUCCUGGACCAGUGGCUCAGCCAAGGAAUAUGGUGCCACCAGGACCUCCUCGUCCUGAUAAUCCUUUAAACCGUUUUCCAGUUGGAGGUAUCAAUGCCCCUAGAUCUGGGGAACCUCCUGGUGCAUUUCCUGGUGGUGUAAAUCAGGGCCAUGGAUUCGGUCAGACACCAACAUCCAUGCCUCAGUCUAGGGGCAAUAUGCCUGGUCCACAAGGUCAGCCUUUGAUAAAUGGGUACAAUGGGAUGAAUAAUCCUGCUACAAGGCCUAUGGGACCACCUCAAGGUUUUCAGGCACAAAAACCAGCUGGCCCACCUGGGAGUUUCAAUGCGGGAAUGCCUCCUAAAUCGCAAACAGGACCAACAAGUGGCCCUCCGAGAAUAGGUCAGCCAUACCAAAAUACUGGAAACAUGCCGCCAACUAGUCAAAACAUGACACAAAUGAGAGGUACACCGACAUCGGCUGCCGCUGGUUCACAAGGUCAACAAAUGGGACCACCUGCUGGGCAACCCCCAUUGAUAAAUCGUCCACCUGGCCCUGGAAUGCCAAGUCCUAGGCCGCCAACAGUGAUGCCAUCAACUGGACCACCCACAAGACUGCCUCAAGGGCCUCCUCCAAGAAGCAUGCCUCCAUCUGGGAUGCCACCAAAAGCUGGACCCCCUCAAGGCCCCUCUGUUGCCUCUCCUGAUCAGCUCCCAUUGCCUUACGGCGGUCAUUUACCCGACCGAGGAUCCCCUGGAUUUACACCAAGCAGCUCAGACCCGCCCUCCCAGAAGUCUUCGCGAGCGCCGUCACCUCUCCCCGUCCAGCAAUAUGACGCGAUGGAAGGUCAGUUCAUCCCCACAAGUCCAGGGCAGACUCCAACUUCUCCCCAGGGUGGCCAGCCAUUGAAGCAAGGUGGCAUAACUGGGCGGAGACAAUACCCGCAGAUGGCCCCUGGUUAUAACCAGACAUCACCACCAGUUUCGCAACAAUCACAGUUUGGAAAUCAGCCAGCGACGUCACAGUUUGGGAAUCAGCCAGCGGCGUCACAGUUCGGGAAUCAGCCAGCGACAUCACAGUUUGGGAAUCAACCAGCGACGUCACAGUUUGGGAAUCGGCCAAUUACAUCACAGUUUGGAAGCCAACCAGCAGCACCAGCAUUCAAUCAGUCGUCAAGUAUGGGGAACAUCCCGCUUCCUCCUCCUAGUCAAAUGAAUCACCAGGGCCCUGGUACAAUGCCAGGGCAGGUGCCACCACAAGGUGCCCCCAGGCCGCAAUACCAGGGCCAGCACCAAAAUCAAAAUGCAGGCAGCAAUGUGAUGGGAAACAGCGUCAUGGGCAACCUGAAUGCAAAUUUCAACAGAAUGUCUUUUCAGCAUGGGGAUACCAGAGCUAUGAAUCUAUUACAAGAAAAGAAUAUCCUCCCGAACGAACCAGUGGAACCCCCACCAAUUCGGUUACCAAAUGACAACAGGAAGGUGAACUGUUCACCUGAUAUAUUUCGGUGUACACUGAAUGCCAUACCACAGACGCAAGCAAUACUAAACAAGGCUAGAUUACCUUUAGGAAUUUUAAUACACCCAUUUAAAGAUUUAUCACAGUUACCCGUUAUACAGUCUAGUGUAAUAGUCAGAUGCAGGACUUGUAGGACGUAUAUUAACCCUUUUGUAGUAUUUGUUGAUCAGCGGAGGUGGAAAUGCAACUUGUGUUACAGAGUAAAUGAAUGCCCGGACGACUUCCAAUUUGACCCCAUUAGCAAAACAUAUGGAGCGCCAACGCGACGGCCCGAGUUUAAGUCUGCGACGAUUGAAUACAUAGCCCCAAGCCAGUACAUGCUCCGGCCUCCUCAGCCUGCCGUCUAUCUAUUCCUGUUGGACGUGUCAUUCAAUGCUGUACAGUCAGGCUACCUGUCCAUUUUCUGCCAGUCCUUACUGGAGGAGUUAGAUCGACUACCGGGUGAUUCUAGAACACAGAUCGGAUUCUUAACAUUUGAUUCAGCAGUCCAUUUCUAUAACCUAGCUGAAGGACUCUCACAGCCACAGAUGCUGAUUGUGUCUGAUUUAGAAGAGAUUUUCCUUCCCAGUCCCGACAGCCUGCUUGUCAAUCUGAGUGAGAGUAAAGACCUGAUAGCUGAUCUACUGAACACGCUGCCACAACAAUUUGAACACAGCAAGGACACAGGCAGUGCCCUUGGAGCUGCUUUACAAGCUGCACAUAAACUCAUGACAACAACUGGAGGUCGAGUGACAGUUGUACAGACUGUUUUGCCAAGUUCAGGUCCUGGUGCUUUAAAAUGUCGCGAAGAGACGAGUCCGACAACUGGCAAGAAUGUCCCUCAUCUUGGACCAGCUACAGAUUUUUACAAGAAGUUAGCAUUGGAUUGUUCUGGGCAACAGAUAGCUGUCGAUCAGUUCUUGCUGACAAAUUCUUAUGUCGACAUUGCAACACUGUCAUGUGCAUCAAAAUAUUCCGGGGGGACUGUACACUACUACCCAUCAUUCCAUGCUCAGCAUUUGCCUGGUCAAGCAGAAAGAUUUGAGACGGAUCUAAAACGAUACUUCUCCAGGAAGAUUGGCUUCGAAGCUGUCAUGAGAAUUAGGUGUUCAAGGGGUCUCAGUAUUCACACGUUUCAUGGGAACUUCUUUGUGAGGUCGACAGAUCUGUUGUCUUUACCCAACAUCAACCCGGAUGCAGGUUUUGGUAUGCAGAUGUCCAUUGAAGAUCCAUUGACGGACGGUUCGACCGUGUGCUUCCAGGCUGCGCUGCUUUACACAUCUAGUAAGGGUGAACGCCGGAUACGAGUCCACACGAUGUGCCUCCCUGUCUCCAAUCAAGUUAAUGAUGUAAUUGCAAGUGCAGACCAGCAAGCAAUUGUGGGGCUUUUAGCAAAAAUGGGUGUGGAUCGUACCCAUGCGUCGAGCCUCGGUGAUGCCCGCGAGGCCAUGAUCAAUGCUGCUGUCGAUGCUAUCGGUGCCUUCAGUAGCACGUUGCCUGCUGCACAGAGGAUAGGUUCUCUGUCAGCCUGCUACUCCAUUAGGUUACUGCCAAUGUAUGUGCUGGCUAUGAUGAAGAGUACUGCAUUCCGAGCAGGCUCCGGUGUCAAGUUAGACGAGCGAGUGUUUGCCCUUGAGGAAUGCAAAAGUUUACCUCUUCAGUUCCUGAUGAUGAGGUUCUACCCCGAUCUCUACCCUGUUCACAACCUCGAAGACAAGGAUUCGAUUACCAAAAAUGAUUCUGUGAUACCCCAACCGCCACGAAUUCAGUUGUCAAGUGCAAAUGUGGACAGACAUGGUGCCUACUUGUUGGACUCGGGCAACCGUAUGAUACUGUGGGUCGGCGGUGCUGUCAGCGACAAGUUUUGUCAAGAGGUUUUCGACAGACCCAACUUUAUGUCAAUACAAGAUGGAAUGACGGAUAUACCAGAACUAGACAACCCUACAUCCGAGCGCAUUCGUACAUUUAUCAAUCACUUAUUAGAUGGACGACCCUUUUAUGCUGACCUAAUAGUUCUCAGGGAAGACAGCCGAGGGAGGAUGCAGUUCAUCAACUUCAUGGUGGAGGACCGCACAGAGUCAGCUAUGUCAUACUACGAGUUCUUACAACACAUUCAGAAAUCCGUCAAGAGUUAGUAGUGGAUGCAUUGGUCAUAGGAUUUUCAAAAUUAUCAUAUGUUUGUUUGUUCGGGACUAAAGACAGUGAUAUAGGGUUUGUCUUGUUACUCAAGGGUUUGAGCGAAGGCAUUAUUUAGGUCACAUCUGAUGCUUGGUGUGGUCCAAUAUAAGAUCAGUGGAUUUCAACAAACUGGCCCGUUGCACGUUUGAAGGGAAGGUCAACAAAUACUUGGUGAAGGUGAUAUUCCUUUGGCUUUGGAUGCAAUGUCAACUGGUCAGGUUUAAAAGGUCGCUGAAUGUUUCAGUCAGAGGAUGUCCAAAGUCAUAUUUCUCCCAUUGAAUUAAUUACAUUCAAUAGAAAUGACAUUCUUUGUGAAUACGGGGCUUAUCAUGGACUGUUAAAGCUAUGCCUUUAAUCAAGAAUUGAUAGAUUUUCUUAAUUCUUGCUAUAAUAUAUUCUACAGUGGGAAAGAGCACAUUCGAAAUACUUGUGAUACAAUGUACAUCUUCAUAAACUUACGUUGUACUGCUUUAGAAGUUUAUACAUGUAUUUGCACAUCAUAUUUCCCAAACUGACAUAAGCACUUGGCAAUUAGUACCAUGAUAUUGUAAAGGCUCUAAAACUUGCCUUUACAAUCAGCAGUGUAUACCUGAUAUUGGGUUGUUAACUAAGGGGGGUCGACAUUUUCACAAGCGUACAAACCAUACUUUAGGGGGGGGGCAGGUUAAAUGUCCGGUCAUACACUUUCAGAAAAUCCAUAAUGUCAAUCAGCGAUCUAUUUUCGUUGAGCACCUCUGGACUCGGCUUACCACCUCACAACAACCAAUGAAUGGUAUACUUUGUCUGAAGGGGAGGUGAAUCGGCAAAGCUCGCAACCGAUAUAGAAAUACCGCUUCACAUCAAUCUCACUGUUGUACUCCUGCGCCUGAGAGUAGCUUCAACUUUCCAAACGAAUCAAUACCUACAUGUAUGCAUUUUAAAAGUCAACCUUAAAAGUACUCUUGGAGAUACUAAAUAAAAUACUCAACUCUAUGUACGCUGGUAACAAUGUUGAACCACCCCUUAGGUUUCACUAUUUCCAGAUAUAAUUUUCAUCUUCAUGGGCCAGUCUUUGUGGCAGGUCUAAAAGAACAGCAGCUUUGGAACAGCAGUUGAAUUGAAAUUGAACUUUACUUGUCGAAAUAUGAUGAAAGUAGAUGUGCUGAGCAAUACAUGUACACUAUAUCUAGUGCAAUAUGAUUUUCUGCAUGUUGCUGGUCUCAUGUGCUUUGGAUAAAAACUGCCGUCGUUUCCCAAAUGAAUUGCACACGGCAUGGUCUCAGAAUGAUGAUUUGAGUAUAACCAUUGGUAACUGGGAAACUGUUGCAGUAUUAAUCGUAUGCGAAAAUAUAAUUUAAAGACAAAAAUUUGUUUGUGUACAUCAUUCGAAUACAUGUGUCCUGUUGGUAUUUUGAAUAACCAUGGCCAAAGUUCCAUAAAUAGACACAUGAGCUCAGUGCACAAGUAGGCAGGUAUUGUGAUUUUAUAUCUCUCUUUUCAAUAGCAUUGUUGAAACAUACAGAUGUACAGGUAUAUUCAAUGCGUGUUAAGAUUGGAAAAUCUCCUCAAAUUUCUAAUUGGAAUGAAUGAACCUGGCCUAUAAAGUUUCGACAAUUAUUUAAGAGGAUUACAUGUAGGUGGAUUUCUUGAUGAUAAAAACAUUAGACUGAUUUUCGUCAUCGUCAUCAUCAUCAUCUUUAGUGUCAUGAUGCUGUUAGGAUUUCCUGGCCAUAAAUUGCGAUUGUAGAUUGUGAAAAUUGCCCAGUUGACAGCAGUCAGCUUAUAUGGAACAGAAAAUAAAACAAUGUUGAACAUGUGAUAAAUCUGUGAUGAAAAUUGAUGAAAUGACGCACCAGAAUAUUGGGAGUGAGUUGUCAAAGUUGUGUUUUUGUACCCUCAUUUAUAAAAACAGUAAAGUGGGCUUCUUCACCCUUGAUAAUUCCCGGGUGAUUUUUUUCCUACAUGUAAUGCGAUAAAAAUGUAUUGACAAAUUGCCAAUGUUUGACUCUGCUAAGAAUCAAAGCCCCAGAUAAUUCUACGUAAAUUUCACUCUUUUAUAGAUUGUUGGUACAAAUGCACAUUUAUUUAUUGUACAUUUCAUGUUGCACAUAUCGGAAUCGGAAUGAAAUUGACAAGGAAAUCUUAAUUUAUAAUGAUGGCCUGAAAAGUGACAAUAUUGGUGUUAAUCUUGCAUAAUACGUGUAGGGCCAAGUAGGACAACAAUGCAACCACAUUGAACAUUGUACAUUGGAUCAGGAAAUAACUGAUUUCGAUGUGUUAGUCGUUAGUUUGGGCAUCCUCUCGGGUCCGAAAUUUUAGCUCAUAGGUUCAUUGCUGUUGUUGUUGCCAACGGGAAGGUGUUUGAUAGAUGAACGACGAUAAUUCCUGAGUUGUGGUACAUCUCUACUGGUGAUUCGGUGCCGGGGUUUCAUCCUUGACAUUUGUAGAAUAUGAUGAAGGAGACAUUUCUUGAGGUUCUAGUGGCCCAGUACUGACCCUGGUUAUCUGUCCUUCUAAUCGUCCACAUCAAAUCCGGUGCUGCGUCUCUUGACAGACUGUGGUGGGUUGAUGUCUUCUGUGAAUGGGUGUCCCUUUCUGUGAACAGGCAGGGCAUUCAAGCACAGAUCAGACACCUGUCUUGUACAUUGGUCUCGGACAGGUUUAAAAGGCACUUCCAGAAUUUUGGUUUCACAAAACCCUGACAACAAUGAGCAAUUCGAUGGGUAAAAGUUCAAGGUGCCUAAGGCUGGUUGAUUUUUUAAUGUGGUCAAUGAUCAUUCGGAAGGGAUAAUAGCCAAGAUUUUUGACCAGCAGAAGUGAAAUGUCUCAUCAUAAGACCUAUUUACAAUGAAUAAGAAGACGAUUUUAUGCUUUAAAAUCUGGUCUAGUUUCUUUAUGAUGAAUCUGGCCUUGUUCUGUUGAAAAUUGGUGCUUUUGGGUCGUUCAAUAGGACACAAUCGAUUGUAUGUACCAAAUGUGUUGUUAUUUGUAGUUGUAUAUUGGGGAAUUCCGCAACUUCUGUUAAGUUUGAUUUCUGUUGGGCUAAAUGUAUUGACGCCUUUCAAAAUGUGAUGAUAUUAUUUAGUUUGUGUAUUUAUAUGUCCUGUGUAUAUGUUUCGUAAUGUAGAGCUUGUAUUAAGAAUGUAAAAAUGUAUUCUAAUCUAAUUGAGUUGAAUUGCUGUCAUCACACACUGGCCAAAACUCUGCUCAUUUGGCCAUUCAUAAAGCAAACAUUCAAAACCCUCAUUUCGAAUUAAAUUAAACUCAUCUGCAUUCAAUUCUUUAUUCAGUGUAAGAAAACACUUUGCCGGAAAUAAUACUUUUGGUAAUGUUUUUCUCAGAUGUUGUAGGGUACAUGUAUGAUAAAAAAUUUCUAUCAAAUCAACAAUGUCUCCCUCCACAAAUGUUUGUGUUCAGACUUCAUGGAUGGCCUAAAGGAAUUCAAAUACUCUAUGUUACAUUAGGUUAGAUUUUUGGUUUCCCGCACAUCUAAAUGUACUUUUUGCCUUAUGGUGAAAGGGCUUAUUUAUUCCUAAAGCCAAAGUGAAAAUGAUUAAAUGAUAUGUGUGAACCUCAUCCUCGCCAAAAAAAAGAGUUUUUUGGAGAUGGUCUUUUCUGACUAAAGCUAUCCUGUGUUAGUGACUCUCCGCAUUUGUUCUCUGAUCCGAGGUUUCAGCUUAAACUGGGUAUAGAUAUGUGUCAUUAUUUUCAGUAUCAUAAAUGUGUUCAAAAUGGGAUGGCACUGUUAGAAAGAUGAUAUCAUUAGUAAGUCUUUUUUGGUUAAUAAUAGGCCUGUUUAAUGUGUGCUCCAGUUGUGUAAAAUUCUUCAUAAUAUUCAGGUUCCCCAUCCAAACACCAGGUUAUUCCAUAUAUGGAACAAAAGCGUUCAUUCAUAGCUAAUGACGCUUUGUGGUUAAUCAUGUAAAUGAAAGGGGUGAUGGGUGAUUAUUACAUAAUAUGCUGUCACCCCUUUUAUCUCUCCUGAUCAACUACAAACGUAGUCAAUUUGAUUAGUUGUGCAAGAGUAAAAUCUCAUACCAAAAAAGAUUUGAACGCACUCUGUAAUAUUAAAACAGUGAGUGGAUUAAUGGUCAGACGCGAUGCUUGUUGACAAUCCUGUAGCAUUAAUGGGUUCCAGUAUUCAACACAAAAAUGCACCACUCGAUGCAAUUCUGUCGCCAUGUGCUGGUAAUUUGAAGCAGAUUGGGGCACAUGGUUGUUGCCAGAAAUCGCCUCUGAUUGUUUAGGUGUUAAGUAAAUUUGUCAUCAUGGAAAUCAGCUGAUCUCAUGAAGGGUGGGGGAGUCAACAAAUAGAUACAGAACUCAGUAAAUGGACAGCUUUAUUGAGCUCUGAUGUCCCGCCCUUGAACUGUCAGGUACAAUGACUGUGGUGUUGCUGCAUUUAUUGAGCUGAUAUUUUGUGAUACAGAAAACAAAAGGAUUUUAAUUUAGUGGUAUAUUUAUGGAGUUCUGUAUUCAUAGUGUUUUUUUUCCCCCCACAUUUGUGAAUCCAUGUCUGAGUAUGCUUUGAUGUUGUUCUCCUUGCCCAGCUGACUGGUGGUUUAUAGGAAACGGGGAAAACGCCUGUCAUAUAAACCAUCUGUAAAUAUUCAUUCUCUCGAGCUUUAUUAGACUUUUUGACAUCUACAUGUAACACAAUUACCUGAAAUGAACCCCUACUACAGGUCAGAAGGUCUGAGAUGUCACCAUGUCUUGGAUACACUUUCUUGUUUUGAUAAAUUUGCCCUUUAUAAAGGGUUAAAAGGCCUUGGGUUGAGUACAUAUAGUCAGUCAGAAUCCAAGUUCCAAGAUCAACAGAAAUGAUUUAUGCCCCUAAAAACAGAUUUUUUUUUCUUUCAAGAAGAACGCUAUUAUGAAAUCAUCAUGGAUGAAUGCAUAAUUUGCAUAUAUAGUUUGUGGGUGUAUGUUUCAUUUUAUAUGCGUCAGUUUCGAAUUGAAAGAUGCACUGGUUACUGAGAUAAGAGCACAAACAUUUAAAGAUGUUUUUUGAGUCUGUCAGAAAUAAUAUAAAAAGACACAGUCCUCCAUCAUGGAUUGCUCAUUGUAUGUGGUAAACGCUUGCUGUUCAGUGGCAAUUAGAAGGCUGUUGUGAUGUGGGUCAAGUCUGUAUUGUCCACAUUUUUAUAGAAGUUUCAUUUGGACCCAGCCUUAAGGUUAAAUCCUUCCACAUCAGCAAUACUAAAUCAAAUGCAGCUGAUGAUAAUCAUUGACUUCUGCUAAUAUGCUAUCUAAGAUGUUGAAGGCCAACCCCCAACGGUGACGUGUUAAAAAAAUACCACAAAGACAGUGUAUAAUAGACCCUCCCGAGUUGAUGCUAACACAGGGUUAGAGAAAUGUUCAUUGCUAUGAUAGUAUGAAACUGCUUUAAAAACCUCACAUUGAAGGUUUUGACAAAGUGUUUGGGGAAUAUCUAAGCUUAUAUGAUCCACAGUUUCUUUUUGUGGUAGGUUUAUAUUGAUAUGAGGCGUAUCACCAAGUGACAAGUUGAGGUAUACUUUGAUGUGGUGUCCUGUUGAUUUCUGCUGGGUUUGUCAUGAGUUUCUUAAUGUAUUGAUUGCAUUGAUUUCACAAUAUGGUUGAUUGAGGUAAACAUCGAGUGAUUUCAACUCCAGCAUUCUGGUGAUACAUUUGCUCACUGGCUAGUUUCCCUGUACCUUUUUAGCUCACCUCUUAGCAGAGGUGAGCUUAUCCCAUACCGUGGCGUCCGUCGUCCGUCGUCCGUCGUCGUCGUCGUCGUCGUCGUCGUCGUCGUCCGUCGUCCGUUAGCAGGGCACGUUUCGUAACUGUUAGAGCUAUUGAGUUGAAACUUGGUACACAUGUACCCUUAUAUAAUGACACCUUAGAGACCAAGUUUCGGUCCGAUUCGUUUCAUGGUUUGGCCACCAGGGGGCCAAACGUUAAAAGUGACAAUAUGCAAUAUCUCCCUUAAUAGUAGUCGGGAAAUUUUGAAAAAAAUAUGGUAGGUACUUCUAGCAAAGGUGCAUCAUAUAUCCUCCGGGUUUUCGAUUUGACCUCCUUUUCAAGGUCACAGAGGUCAAAUGGUGUAAAUUGGCCGUUAGGAUAUAACGAUGGCACGUUUCUAAACUGCAAUGGCUAUUGAUACCAAAUUUGGUACACAUUUACCCCUUAGUCAGGUGAUCUUAGGGACCGAAGUUUGGUCCAAUAUGAUUCACCACUUGACCACCAGGGGGGCAAAAUCCAAAAACCUUAAAAAUGUGAUUAUUCCUUAACUUCUUGCCCGAUUGCCACCAAUUUGAUAUCAUGGGUACAUCUAACCACCAUACAGUAUAUGUCACACAGGUUUUUAAUUUGACCUUCUUGUCAAGGUCACAGAGGUCAAAUGGCGUAAAUUCGCCGUCAGGCCGUAACUAUGGCACGUUUCUUAACUGCAAUGACUAUUGAUCACAAAUUAAGUACACAUGUACCCCUUGGUCAGGUGAUCUCAGGUACCGAAGUUUGGUGCGAUCUGAUUUGCCGUUUGGCCUCCAGGGAGGGGGCCAAAUCCUAAAUUCUUCAAAAUGCCAUUAUUCCUUGUAAUGACUUGCCCGAUUGGCACCAAUUUUAUAUCAUAGGUACAUCUAAUUCUAACAACCAUUCAAUGUGUCACCCGGGUCUUCUUUGAUUUGACCUACUUUUCAAGGUCACAGAGGUCGAAUGUAUUGUAAAUUGGCCAUUUUGGGGAAAUUGUAAUUGCUUGGACCUACAUCAAACCUAACACUACAUGACACAAUACCAUGCUCUUUAUCCAUCUUUCCUCCACAUGAGGUGAGCACAAUGGCCCUGGCCAUUUCAUUGAAACACUUCACCACUUUUCUGUACCAAAAAUAUUGUCAUGUGCAUAACCUGUGCUCAACUUUGGUUGUGACUCUACUGUACAUGGUUCUGUAUAGGACGAAACUGCCUUCAGCAGCACUAUAUAACUUGUACAGAAAACAAAUUUCCGUUAGCAUUGAAUUGUAAUUUAAUUGUAAGAUGUAAUAUUAUAAGAAG